AUGACAGUGGAACAUCCAGAGCCCCAGCAGUCAGAUGACGAUGAAUAUGGAACCUUCGCGGUGACCUCAGUCGCCAUCAGCAAGGAUGGUAGCAUGAACGGGACGAAUGAUGAUGAUGAUGAUAUGAGCAUCCAUGGAGAUAGCGUCCGAAGCGACGCGAGCAGUAGCUUUGGUCGGUACAACUGGCGACUGUUCCUACCGGAAACCAAGAACUUUACGAAUCUCUGCCGUUGGUUUGUUGUUGGAGGAGCUUCAAAGGCCAAGUUGCCAGACGAGGAUGUGCUGGCCAAUCUUAAAUCCCUGGCCCAGUGUAUCAAAAUUUUGCGGGAGUACACAGAGAUUUUUGGAAUCCCUGAAGAGGGUGGACCAAAAGACCAGCAGUUUGUUCUGCGAGAGGUGUUUCGCGACUUGUAUUUGGGCGGUGCGCCAGUCUGGGCCUUGGAAUCCGUAAUGCAAAAAGCAGCGGAAGGACUCACUGGAGAUCCAAACGUCAAUUGGUUUCUCAUGCCACGAAGGGCAUACAUGUCCGGAGUAUCUUUAGGUGGAACACACAUGUUCAAAUGUGAACGAGGGUUUGCAAUGCAGCGCAUGGAUCGAAUGGAAAAGGUCGCUACUCGGUUGGCUAGUUUCGCCAGUAAUACCAAAGGGUUUAAUAACGUCCCUGCAAGACUCCCCAGAUCAAAUGAAUUGCUACGGGCCCAGCAGCGCGCCUCCAUGUCCGACUUGGUGCCUCCAGAAAGAGCGAACAAGAAAAAGCUUGCCCGACAAGUCCUAGGACUGGCUUCCAAAGCCGAAGGUUUGUUCUUCUUUAUCAACAAAGAGCGUGACAUCAAUGCUGAAACUAGGCGUAACGAAGACGACUUUUGGAUUGUUAGCGAAAAAGAAAAGGAGGUCUUCUCCCGACUUGCAUGCUUGGAAGCAAUGGCAAAAAUUGAUAUCUUGGAUAAAAAACCAAUGGACAACUACAAGAAUUGGAUCGUCGCCGUUUGCAGAAUCUUUGCAUCUGCUGGUGCUGCAGGCUUCUGGUUUGGUGGCUCCUGGCAUGAUAUGUGGAUUGCUGGAUUUCUAGCAUUUGUUGUGGCCUCCAUUGGAGUGCUUCCAGUCUUGACGAACAGUGAACGAAUCCUCAUCGAAACGGUUGCUAGUUUUCUGGUUGGUCUGACUGCUGGACUCGUCUCCUUGCAAUGGCCAAAUGACACAUGCUACACAGCCAUUGCGCUUGCGGGAGUCUUGGAUAUUCUUCAAGGUUUUCGCGUGGUGUAUGCAGUGAUUGAAAUCAUGUCGAGAAAUGCAGUAUGCGGUGGUGCGAAUCUUUUGGAAGGAAUGCUGUUCACUGGACUCAUUGCGUAUUUCUUGCAGUUUGGCCAAUACGUUGCCAAUUCAAUCAUGGAGGUGGAAGCAAGUACAACGUUUUCUACUUGCACGAAUGGCAUUAAUGAAUACUGGUUCCUUCUUCUUGUUCCUCUAGCUGCAGUUUCGUGGUCGAUUCUAUUCACUCCAAAAUACAAGAGCCUUGGCGGAAUGAUAUUUCAUGGACUUUUGGGAUUUGGUUUCAAUUUUGGAUUGACCAAGGCUGGUGUGCAAGGAGAUGUCAACAGUUUCGCGUCGGCUGCCAUCGUAACUUUUUCUGCUGGUAUGAUUUCCAGAUUCACUGGUCGCCAGGCAGUAGGGAAUUCGGUAGCUGGUUUGUAUGUACUUCUUCCUGGUGCAUACCUUGUGCAGUCUAUGUCUAUUGGAUCCGGUUCAGUUGAUGGGUCUUUCUUUGUGGAUAUCAUAAAGAAAUCUAUUGUGAUUGGCAUGGGCAGUUGGUCUGGAACCAUCUUGUGUUCUCCAGCCCUUCUUGGAACGACCGUUGGUAUUUUGCAUCAACAAGUUAGCAGCCCGCUCAACACGCUUACCAGAGGGGCGUCGAUAGCGAUGAAACGGAAGGGCAAGAAACCGAGACACACUCGAGUCCGAAGUGAAAUGUCAGAUGUCAACAAUACUCUCCUCUAUUUCUAG